AAUAUCUAAGGGGUUUCGUUAAGGGAAAUUUGUUUUAAUUUUAAAUAAGUGAAAUGGAGUCCACAAUGAUGCGACUAUCAGUGCUGUUAAUUAUUUUAUUGGAGGGAUCUUCGGCCGUCAUUUAUAAGUUAAAUGUAAGUGAAUAUAAGAAGAUGCCACCGUUGUACGCGAUGGAUGACUACGAGGCGUGCAUGGCGGACACGGGAGGCACCUACUGCUUGGUCGACUUCAACCUGAGGGCCGGGAAGAAUCCUGACCUCAUGAGUAUGAUACAGGGAUAUUCUGACUACAAAAUGAAACACUUCAAUCACACACAAAUACAUCGAGGGGUGUGUUUAACAAUAACAUGUAAAGAUUACAGAGUCCCUAACGCUAACGGGACAGAGGCCCUACAGGAGUCCCUUGAGGGAUGCCUCAACAAUUCUAUUUUCCUACAGUACGGACUUGAAGGGUCGAUAGAUAAUAUUAAUUAUUGUGAUAGAGAAGGCGAAACGAUCCCAAUAGACACUGGUGAUAUAGUCAUGGCUGUGGUUUAUUUACUUAUUAUAGUGCUCAACGUUGCCGGAAGCUGUUACGACGUCUUGUUAUUCAAUAAAGAGGAUAAAACAGGAAAUCCAUAUUUAAUGGCGUUCUCGUUACGAAGAAACUGGGCCAGGCUGACAGCACCGGCUUACAACGAAGAUCAAGAUCCUCGAUUAGAAAGACUGAAAUUAUUUCAUGGAUUAAGAACCAUGACGAUGCUGUGUGUAUUCUUCUCGCACACAGUCCUUAUAAUGUCCUACUCCUACGUGGACAACCCGCUUUACAUCGAAAACGCAUACGAGGACCCGCUGAAGCAGAUCCUGUUCAAUGGCACGCUGGUGACACACACGUUCUUCGUGAUGUCGGCCUUCCUGCUCGCCUACAACUUCCAGAUGCACGCCGAGAAGCACGCCGUCAGCUGGCUGCAGUUCCCCAAGGGAAUCCUCUUGAGGUGCCUCAGACUGAGCCCAGUGUACGCGCUCAUGCUGUUGUCGGUGUCGACGUGGCUGCGGCGCGCGGGCGGCGGCCCGCUGUGGGCGCGGCUGGUGCGCGGCGAGGCGGCGGCCUGUCGCCAGUACUGGUGGGCGCAGCUGCUGUACCUCAACAACUACGUGUACGGCGACGCGCUCUGUCUGCCGCAGACCUGGUACCUGGCGGCCGACACGCAGUUGUUCUGCCUGGGCCUGGCGGUGUGUCUGCUGGCGCGCAGCGGCCGGGGCCGGGCGCUGCUGCUGGGGGGACUGUUCGCCGCCGCCAUCGCCAUCGUGGCCGGACACACCUACUUCCAGGACCUCGACCCGGUCGUUAUACAGUCGCCGGAGAAGUACCGCAACAUGUACGCGACGGACCCCACGUUCCGCCUGCUGUACAUCCGCGGCCACACCAACAUGUCCACCUACAUCCUGGGGCUGGCCGGCGGCUUCCUCGCCUACCACCUGCACGGCAAGGACAUGCAGAAGUAUAAGCGGAAGUUCCGCGUGCUGGUGUGGCUGGUGUUCCCGGCGGGGCUGGCCAUCAUCCUCUCCGGCGGCAUGUUCUACGGCUCGUGGCGGGCGCCGGCCGCCGCGCGCCUGCUGUACGCCGCGCUCUACAAGCCCGCCUUCCAGACCGUCAUCAUCACCCUCAUACUCGGCUGCAUCUUCAAGAUUGAAACGGUGUACCGCGGGCUGGUGGAGUGGCGCGGCUGGGCGUGGUCUGGGCGCGUGUCGUACAGCGCCUUCUUCAUCCACACGCAGUUCCAGCGCGCGCUCGUGGGCGCGCAGCUGCAGCCGCUGCACAUGACCGACUACUAUGUGAUGAUGAUCCUGGCGGGGACCAUCUUCCUGACGUACCUGUGCGCGUGCGCAGCCUGGCUGCUGCUGGAGGCCCCCGCCGCGGGAGUGGUCCGCGCGGUACUAAACCGUACUGACAGACAGACAGGACAACACGACACUAAAGUGUAAAUAUAUGGCAUAUAACAUUA